AGGACCCGCGGCGCCGGUAUGGAGCGCGCGCCCUGGAGGCUCUGGCUUCUGAGCUGCUGCUGCCUCGCUCUUGAGGCCGCUGACCCGGGAUCCACGGUCACCCCGACCUGGUCUAGGAGCCGCGGGAGAGACGCAGCCGCCUUCCGGGAAAGUCUUCGUAGACAUCGAUUCUUGAAUUCUUCUCCUUGGGAGAACACCACUGCCUUCUAUGGAGUAAAUCAGUUUUCUUAUUUGUUCCCUGAAGAGUUUAAAGCUAUCUAUUUAAGGAGCAAACCUGCCAUGUUUCCCAGACAACCCACAGAAAUGUACAAGCCCAUCCCCAACGUUCCCUUGCCACUGAGAUUUGAUUGGAGAGACAAGCAUGUUGUCACGCAAGUGAGAAGCCAGCAGAUGUGCGGAGGGUGCUGGGCCUUCAGCGUGGUGGGUGCCGUGGAGUCUGCACAUGCCAUACAAGGGGAGCCCUUGGAAGUCCUCAGCGUGCAGCAGGUCCUCGAUUGCUCCUAUAAGGAUGAUGGCUGUGGAGGAGGCUCUCCACUCAAUGCUUUGAGAUGGCUAAACAAGACUCAGGUGAAGCUAGUGGAAGACUCUGAAUACCCAUUUAAAGCUCAAAAUGGCCUGUGCCGUUACUUCUCUUCUUCCCAGUCUGGAGUGUCAGUCAAAGACUAUACUUCACAUGACUUCAGUGAGCAGGAAGAUGAGAUGGCAAGAGCACUUUUGACCUUUGGUCCUUUGGUUGUGGUGGUAGAUGCGGUGAGUUGGCAAGAUUACCUAGGAGGCAUAAUACAGCACCACUGCUCUAGUGGAGAAGCAAACCAUGCUGUCCUCGUAACUGGGUUUGAUAAAACAGGAAGAAUUCCAUACUGGAUAGUUCGGAACUCCUGGGGGCGUUCCUGGGGAGUAGAUGGCUAUGCACAUGUGAAAAUGGGCAGUAAUAUUUGUGGUAUCGCGGAUUCUGUGUCUGCUGUAUCUGUGUGAUCCACUGGAGAUAUCAAGAGACAACUGAGAAAGAAAAGUUUACACAAGGAAUGACUACACAUGCUGUGCCAUUGGUAUACAUCUUAUUGCAUCCUGGACAGGGAUCCUAACGCUGUGAGCUCACAAUGAACAGUAUGGACCCAUCCUGUGAGGAGCCCACAGCCCACUUCUUGAGUGGCAAUGUAAGAAGCUCAGAAGAAAGGAGCUGGCCUUCUGACUAAACACAAAGGCAACUGUAUCAAAAGAGUUACUGUGGUAAACAUUUUCUCAGAUUCAUCACUGCUUCUAAAAAGUAGAAAACUGUGACUAAAAUAAAACUUUAAAAUAGCAGCAUCAACCCCUAAAGAAAGAAUCUAGGACAAUGUUGCUCUUAUUUUUUGUGGUUUCUACAUUUCCUUUAUUGGAAUAACAUUUGAUAAUACUUUUUUCAACAACAAGAAGCAAUCCUAAAAGAAGAUACAAAGAUGUUUAGGGGGGCUUGGAAUGUGCCUUAGUGGUAGAGUGCUUG